AGGCGGCGCGGGGCGGCUGGUGGAGGUCCCCGGGGCUGCCGGUCAUGAUCGACUCUGUGAAACUCCGGCGCGACUGCGCGGCCGACUUCUUCUCGCACUAUGAGUACCUGUGCGCGCUGCAGGACUCGGUGCCGCUGCCCGCCGUGCGCGCCUGCCUGCGGGACGGCGUGCUGGACUUCAACGCCGACCGGCUGCGCGCGGUGGACUGGGCGCCGCUGCUCAGCACGCUCAGGGUGAACCGCGACCUGCCUUUGGUGGCCAUCAAGAGCUCCUUCCAGCCGUGGCUCGGGGAGACAGGUUUGGAUACACACAGAGUUUGCAGAAAUCGAGUUCCUGCAGUAAGAUUCAAAGACGUGAGCUUCCAGUUGUGUAAGGCUCUUAAAGGCUGUUUAAGUACAUCAAUUGUGCUGAGAAAUCUGGAGCUAAAUGGGCUGCUGCUCAGAGAGAAAGAUUUGACCAGUCUAACAAAGGGAUUGAGUAAAUCGGCCUCUUUGGUGCACCUGUCUCUUGCGAAUUGUCCAAUUGGAGAUGGAGGUUUAGCAAUUAUUUGUCAAGGUAUAAAGAACUCUGUCACUCUCAAGACCGUCAACUUCACAGGAUGUAACCUGACGUGGCAAGGAGCCAGUCACAUGGCCAAGAUCUUAAAGUACCAGACCAUGAGAAGGCAUGAAGAAACUUGGGCUGAGAGCCUUCGCUACAGGAGACCCGAUCUUGACUGCAUGGCUGGCUUACGGCGCAUCACACUGAAUUGCAACACACUGAUCGGUGACCAAGGUGCAAGUGCUUUCGCAGACUCUCUUAGUGAGGAUUUAUGGCUUCGAGCCCUUGACCUGCAGCAGUGUGGCCUCACCAGUGAAGGGGCCAAGGCUUUACUGGAGGCCCUGGAAACCAACAUAACCCUGGUCGUUCUGGAUGUAAGAAAGAAUCCACUUAUUGAUCAUUCUAUGAUGAAAGCAAUUAUCAAAAGGGUUCUCCAAAAUGGAAGGAGUGCAAAGUCAGAGUAUCAGUGGAUAACGUCCCCAUCAGUGAAGGAACCGCCCAAAACCACUAAGCAGAAAAAGAAAACAAUCGUCCUAGGAAGCAGUCGGAAAGGAAAGGCUACCAUUAGAAUUGGGUUAGCUACAAAGAAACCUGUGAGCAACGGCAGAAAACCCGGGCUCAGUAAAGAUUGCUAUGCUCCGGAACCUCUGCCACCAGGCGUGUCUGGUUUCUUGCCCUGGCGCACGGCAGAACGUGCAAAAAGAAACAGGGGUUUUCCAUUAAUCAAAACUCGUGAUAUAUCUAAUCACCUCAAGCAAUCAGAUUUCCCUGUGACUGUGACAGUAGAGAGUCCUUCAUCUUCAGAAACUGAUGAGGUUGAAGAUUCUUCAGAAAGUAUCCAUGAAGUGCCUCAGGAAACUAGCAUAAGACAAGAAACAUUACAGGACAAACUGGAGGAAUGCCUGAAGCAGCUGAAGGAGGAAAGAGUGAUCCGGCUCAAGGCUGACAAGCGAGUCAAUGAGCUAGAACAUGAAAAUGCCCAGCUAAGAAAUAUAAAUUCUUCCCUGUCCGAAGCCCUUCAUGCACAGUCGAUGACAAGCAUGAUCCUGGAUGAUGAAGGAGUCUUGGGCAGCAUUGAGAAUUCUUUCCAGAAGUUUCACGCUUUCUUGGAUCUCCUUAAAGAUGCUGGGCUUGGGCAGCUUGCCACUAUGGCUGGUAUAGAUCAAUCAGAUUUUCACCUAUUAGGUCGUCCCCAGAUGAGUUCUACGGUUAGUGCACCUGUGGAAGAACAGAAAGCACUUGAAGAAGAAAAACCAGACUCAAAACAGAGUGCCGCAGGACAAAUGCAGAAUAUCCAAUUCCAGAAGAUUACAAGUGAUGCUAGGAUCCCUUUACCUCUCGACACCUUCCAGGGUCCAGUUUCUACACAAGAGGCGUUGGUAGCUGCCAGAGACAACCUGGGGGUUGCAGCCCCUGAGCAGCAGGAGGGAUCUGCAGCAGGAUGCCUUGCUAGAACAGGCUCUCCAUCAGCAGAUGGGAUAUCUGGAGGCGGGAGCCAAAGAGAAGAGGCAAUGUUGUCUAAACACAGCAGGUCUUCUUCAGAUAAGGGGACCACGAGUGAGUACUCCAGAAAGCACUCCUCUGAGAAACACUCUGGGAAGGACCUGCUUUCUGACUUGGAUGCUGCUGGAAACUCAAAAGGCAAAGGAACUGGGGGGGAAAGGUCUUUGCUUAAUGAGCCAAUUAAAAGUGAAUCUUUGAAAAAAUGUAUUUCUGUCAAGAAAGAAAAUAGAAUAGUGACUAUCUCAUCCAAGACUAUCAAAAGUAAAUCCAGUCCUCUAGAACAUUCUGGAAGUGAUACUAUUGGGUCUGAUUGUGAAUUUCAGGAAAGUGUCCAUUUGUCAGCACAUCUGACAUAGGUAUAACCUUUUGAAAUUAUGAUUUUGCCUUCAAAUUUAAUAAAUUUUCUUGUGUUUUUAUUAUAAUGUGUGAAAUCUUAAAAUACAGGGCCAGAA